AUGGGGGAACCGUUUAGACGUUGGGGGAGAAGAGUGGUUGCGGGGGAUGGGUGGGAUGGAGGAGAGGAGAUGGAAUUGCAGAAGCUGGGAAUGUAUGAUAGGCUGGAGUGUGGCAGCGUGGGCAUCACAUUGCAGAGAGCCACAAACCCCCUACGUGUGGCUCAACCUAGCAUCUCCUUGGCACGACCUACGUCGUCGCCGCUCUCCCCUCCCUCCGCCGUGAUUGCGCCCUCCUCGCCUGCGGAUCCCACCGCCGCGAGUGCAUCACCGCCCCCCGUCGCCGCGACACACCGUCGCUGCCCCCCCCCCCCCCUCCCCCUUUUUUCCGCCGCCGCGCCUUCCCUGGCACCGCCUGCACAUCCCGCCGCGACGCCUCGUCGCCGCCUCCUCCUCCCCCUGCCGCGACCCCCCGUCGCCGUCUCCCUCCCGCCGCCGCGCCUACUUCGGCGUCGCCCGCGCAUCCCUCCGCCGCGACGCCCCGUCGUCGCCUGCCCCUCCCGCUGCCGCGACGUCGCGUCGCCGCCUCCCCCCACCGCCGCCGCGCCUUCCUCGGCGCCGCCUGCGCAUCCCGCCGCCGCGACGCCCCGUCGUCGCCUCCUGUCCCGCCGCCGCGACUUCGCGUCGCCGCCUGCACUCCCCAUCGCCGCGACCCCCCGUCGCCGCCUACGCAUCCCGCCGCCGCGACCCGCUCGUCGCCGCCUGCACGAUCCGCCGCCGCGACUUCGCGUCGCCGCUUGCACGACCCGCCGCCGCGACUUCGCGUCGCCGCCUGCACGACCCGCCGCCGCGACUUCGCGUCGCCGCCUGCGCAUCCCGCCGCCGCGACCUUCUCGUCGCCGCCUGCACCCCUUGCCGCCGCGACCUUCUCGUCGCCGCCUGCACCCCUUGCCGCCGCGACCUAAAGUCGCCGCCCGCGCGACCUCCUGCCGCGACCUGCUCGUCGCCGCCCGCACAUCCCGUCGCCGCGACCUAACAAUCGCCGCCCCCGCGUCCUACCGCCGCGACCUGCUCGUCGCCGCCCGCGCAUCCCGCCGCCGCGCCUUCCCCGUCGCCGCCCGCGCAUCCCUCCGCCGCGCCCUACUCGUCGCCGCUCGCUCAUUCCGCCGCCACGAUUCCCUCGUCGCCACCCGCGCAUCCCGCCGCCGCACGUUCCUCGUAGCAGCCGCCUCAUCCCGCAGCAGCAGCGUCAUUGGCAGCAACAGCUUCGCCCACAGCUACACCUGCGUUCUCCCUCCCCCUCCCCCUUUCCUCCUCCUCUCCUCCCACGCAGCAGCAGCCGGGACAGCUCAGCAGCCACAGCAGCAACAGCGGCAGCAGCGGCAGCAUCAGGAGCAGCGACAGCAGCGGCAGCAGCUGCAUCCACCAUCUUCCUCCCUCUCCUCCCCUCCUUCCCCCCCCUCCUCCCUCUCAGCAGCAGCAGCGGCAGCAGCGGCAGCAGCGGCAGCAGCGGCAGCAGCGGCAGCAGCGGCAGCAGCGGCAGCAGCGGCAGCAGCGGCAGCAGCGGCAGCAGCGGCAGCAGCGGCAGCAGCGGCAGCAGCGGCAGCAGCGGCAGCAGCGGCAGCAGCGGCAGCAGCAGCAGCAGCCGGAGAAGAACUCCACUCCCCGCAGCAGCACCCCCCCCCUCCCCCCCCCCCCUCUCGGCUGCCGCGGGUCCACCCGCCGUCGCCCUCCCACUUGACCGCCGCGGGUCCACCCGCCGCCGUCCACCUCGAGGCCGCCGCGGGUCCACCCGCCGUCGCCCCUCAUUGCUACCACUCCUCCCCCUCUCCCCCCUCCCAUUGA